AUGUCCAUAUAUCCUGGAAGUCAGUGCUACUUUGCUUUGAUAGAAAAGUUUGGUGCUGAUGCCAUCCUUACCACAGGGCAAUCAGAUUCUGACCUUCCUCCGAUUGACCGUCAUAAGCUAGGCGCCAUAGUCCUCUCAGAUUCCCGCAAACUAGAAUGUUUAAAUUCGAUCCUCUGGCCUCACAUGACUCUAAUGAUAAAAUCUGAAAUAAAUAGGCUUUAUCUCAAUGAAAAAGGUAAAGCCGAUCCCGGGGACGGCGUAAUAGAGGCCUCAAUGCCAAAAUUAAUUUUUGUUCUUGAUGCUGCAGUCCUUUUCGAUGCUAAAUGGGAUAAAUUUUGCAACGAGAUUUGGUUGACGGUUUUGCCCAGAGACGAGUGCCAACGUCGUCUAGGGGAGAGGACCAAUGUAACUUUGGCGUUGGCUGACAGCCUCCUUUCUCGCCAAGCUGAUUCUGUUGCCAAGGCAACGGCUUCUAGCGUUACACCUUUGAAUUUGAAUGAUAAGGCAAAGCAGGAGGAUGACCCGGUCGACUGGUGGACACCGUCUCAAAUUGGUGGAGUAUCGGGGCCAUAUCCACGAGCAAAUGUCAUCAUAUCCACACAAUGGGAGCCAGAAUUCACUCAAAAACAAGUUGAGCUCGCUUAUCGUGGCUUGAUUUCCCGACUUAACUCUUGCAAUCAUUAG